AGAAAAAAAAAAACAAAAAGAUCAGAAUGGAACCAGGUAGUUCAGCAGCUCCUUCAUCCUCUUCAGAGACCAACAAAAAACGUAAUUAUCGUCGUUCAAAGAACAAGAAACCUGACGCGUCGAGCAGCAGUUCUGCUGAAGAUACUACUACUAAAAAAAAAGGUAACUCAAACGACACCAAGCAACAAAAGCAGCAGCCUCAAAAGAAGAAUGUAGAAAAAAAAAGUACUCUUAAGAAACCUUCGAAAAAGAAGGAGGAUGAUAAAAAGCAGGUGAAAGUACCGUUAAAAGGGUUUAAAAAAGUGGUCAAAGAAGAAGAGGAAGAGGAAGACGAGGAUGCAGAAGGUUGCUUUAUCUGUGCUCGUCCCAUUGAUUACUAUGCCGUUGCACCAUGCGAUCAUCGUACUUGUCACUUGUGUACACUUCGUUUAAGAGUACUCUACAACACCAAGAAUUGUGCUUACUGCAAGGCAGAAGCUAAAAAAGUCGUGUUCACAACAGACAGUGAAAAGAGCUAUGAAGCGUAUACACGAGAGGAUACACCAUUUUAUGACAGUAAAUAUGGUAUUCGAUUCGAAACCGAAGCCAUGUACAAGGACACGAUGGUACUUUUACAAUACAAUUGUCCCCAGGACGAUUGUGAAGAAGCCUUUGAGAAUUGGGGUGAAUUAAAGCGCCAUGUCAAGACCUGUCAUCAACGAUCCUGUUGUGAUUUAUGUAUACGUCAUAAAAAGAUCUUUGCUCACGAACAUACGUUAUACACCAACGAACAGUUACAAAAGCAUCGUCUGGUCGGUGAUGCUUCUUUCAAUAAGGAGGAUGAGACAGGAUUCACAGGUCAUCCCGAAUGUGUCUUUUGUCAGACACGCUUUUAUGGUGCCGAUGAAUUAUUUGAACAUUGUCGCGAUAAACAUGAACAAUGUCACUUGUGCGUGAGAAAGGGAAUUCAAAGUCAAUACUAUGCCAACUAUGAUAACCUGGAGAAACAUUUUAAAAAGGAACAUUAUCUCUGUCAAUACAAGGAAUGUUUGGACAAUAAAUUUGUUGUAUUUGAUUCUGAUAUUGAUUUAAAAGCACAUGAAGUGGAUGAACAUGGUAACGGUAUCUCUCGUCAACAACGAGCUAAACAAAGUGAAGCACGUCGUGUGGAUGUCAAUAUAAAUUACGCGCAACAAAGAAACAACACGAGACCAUCGAACUCACGUCGUCCACCUCUUAACUUAUCCGCUGAAGAUUUCCCAGAUAUCAAUGGAUCUUCCUCUCCUUCCUCCUCCUCUUUUCUUUCAAACAGAAUGGGUUCACUUCAAUUAUCCCAGCAAGAACAAUGGCCUACCUUGGGCGAAGAUCCCAACAACAGUGGAAGAUCUUCUCCUGCCAAUGAAUCGGAUUCAAGCAUGGUAUCUCGUCAUGCAGCUGCGUUAGAUCGUAUCGCCAAUACCCUCCAGAGUUUUGAGAAGAUUGUUAAAUUCAGACAAUUGACCAAUGCCUUUACAAGUCUGAGUAGUGACUCAGAGACAUAUGUCAAUGGCGUAUACGAACUCUGUCAUGAAGAUGCUGAUAUGACUGCCAAAGUGUUGAAUGCUGCAAAAGACCUCGUGGAUAAUCGAGCCUUGAAAAAUGAAAUGGUCCGUACAUGGAACCAGAAAAAGAACCCUUCUUCAUCAUCAUCAUCGCCUGCCAUUGAAUCACCGCCACGUGUGUUGGUUGUGAAAUCCCCUCCUACUAGUCAAGGUAGAAGACCUAUUCCGGGACAAAAGAAAAAGGCGGGUGUGUGGGAUAAAGUGGCGUCUGCAGCAGUGGAUGCAGGGGCUGUGACUCCUCCUUUACAUUACGGGGUACAACAGACAAGGACACCUUGGAGUGGUACGACAUCACAGCAAAGUGUAGACCUUGAGCCUUUAUUUCCUGCUUUACCCACAUCGGCUGGUCCUUCGAGUAGAAGAGCAGAUAUCAAUGCGAUGAUCAAGAAGAAUAAUACAAAUGCAUGGGGAGAAUCCAGUCAUAACAAUGCCCUAGAAUCAGAUUAUUUUGAUGAAGACACCAGUAAUCGAAAGAAAAAGGGAAAGAAAGGAAAGCAAGUGUUAUUCCGUGUAGGUUUAUAAAAAAAAAAAAUAAUAAAUUUUUUUUUUUAUUAUUAUCAUUCGUCUUCAAUCAUCAUUGUAUUUGCUUGAACUAGUGAAAAGGGAG